GCAAAAACCCAAAUCAUUGACAUUAAUGACAGUUAGUUGACAUUGACAGUGUCACUUUAUUUAUCAUUAUGUUUUAUUUAUUUAUCAACCAUCAUUUUCAUCAACAAUAAAUAAAGUUAUUAUGCCAUGUCUUUUAACGAUCAAAACCCUUAUGAAAUACCGGGACGAAUUUUAAGCUUGGGAAUAGUAAAGACGUUCGAGCCUCCCCUAAAAAGUACCCGCAAACAAUUAACAGAAGUCACGGCCAAACAGAAUGAACUUAUCGAGAAGCUGCAUGGGGAGAAUUUGAGCAUAGCGAAAGUACAACACUCCCGAGAGUUACAAGAGAUGUUAGCCAAAGUGAAGACUUAUCAUGCUAAAUUAUGUAAUAUUAAAAAGGAUAUUAGGGGAUUGCACGAAAAAGGAGUAAAAUUAAAGAAACGAGCGUUAAAACUGAAGGAGCUAAAAGAAAAAGAACCUGUGGAAGAAGUCAUUAUAACCAAACCUACAAAUAUCAUUCCGAAGUGCUUAUAAUUAUUGACAAAAAUUUAAUUAAUUGUAAAUGUUAUUUUUGAUGUUGAUUUAUGUGGCCGAUAAACAAUAUUUUUGUAUUUCUAUAUAUUUUUAUUAAGGUAAUAUACAUUUAAACAUAA